AAUAACUAUAGAUUAAAAUUUUACUUUGGUAAAGCCGGUUUUCCAAUGCCUUUGACAGUUCUCAGCUGUGAUGAUCUCAAAAUGGCCGCCGAAUGAAAUCGCCAGAAGUCGCGAUGGUUCAUCGGAGUGAGCGCGCUUAAUAUUGUAAAACUGCGGGAAAUUAUGCGAUUGUUGUCGACUUUGCGUGCAUCCAGUGCAUCAAGUGUCUCCAACCGAUUGUCAACCCUAGGAUUAAGCGUACAGGAAGGAAUUGAAUGGCCGUGGGUAUGUUUCGCCAGCUGCUGCUGAUGUCCGGCUUUGGUUGCACCGACGACUGCAGCGGGCGCGGUGAGUGCCACAAUGGCACGUGCCUCUGCGAGAUUCGCUACGGCGGCGACCGCUGCGAUGGGCCCAAUCUGCCCUAUCACGCCGGCAUUGGCGGUGGUUUUCUGCUCAUCGCGCUCGUCUGCGCUAUUCAGCUCAUCAUGUGCGUUGUCUCCGAGUAUCAGCGGCUCAAGCAGCCCACCUUCCUGAAAGCGUGUCGCGUCACCGUCCAGAAGAGUCUCUACUUUCUCAUCUUCUUGGCGACGGUUAUCCGCGGCGCAUACUUUUUAUCACCUGAUUCAAUAAAUUACGGCUGGAGUAAUAGUCUCUUCGCAUCGUACUACCCACUGCUAAUGUCCGGCUCUUCCCUCAUCGUCUGUUUCUGGGCCGAGGUGUUUCACUUGAGCGACAUUCGCUGGGAGAAACCACAAUUUCUCAAAUCGUUUCUGGGCUUCGUCACUUUCAACAUCAUCACAUAUGGUCUGCUGUUGAGUGAAGUGGUGAUUACACACUUUGCCGAGCCGCCUCCACAUGACCGCAGCUUCUAUACGCACAUCUUCAAUGGUAUUUACGCGGUCCUCUUGUUUGUGGUGGUUAUAUUCUUCCUGAUCUACGGCGUGGAGGUUUACUUCAAAGUACGCGGCGCGUUUGUAACGAAACCAGUACAAAUCGCUUCACCACUCACAGCCGAAGCGGAACCACUUCGAUCCACUGAAGAUGUCCGACCUGAGAUUAACAAUUCUCAGCUGCAACAAUCACGAGUGGGACUUCUAAGUAUGGCUAUGAUGCUCAUCAUUAUCUCCGGCUUUCUCUUCUCGGAGACGCUCUCAGAGUUCUGGAAGACAAAGGUACCGGUGGAGUCUCGCAACUGGCACGAUAUUAUCUUCAGAGUGGUGGAGAUUGGAGUCGCAGUUUGGUUCCCUGCUGUAUUAUGGAAUAGUAUUCAACCGGGAGAGUUGUGGAUUUUAAAUCCGAAGAAGUUGUUGGCGAAGCUCGAAACAAAGCAAUGCGAUAUCCUCUCGCAGCCGGAGUGCAGCUCGGCGGAGACGGAUGCGUUCAUUGAUAAGGAUCGCCGAGAGUGUUGGAUCUGUUAUGAAUCGGAGAAGCAAGAGCCGCUGAUUCAGCCGUGCGACUGCACGGGAGAUGUCUCCAGCGUGCAUCACGAAUGCCUGCGCCGGUGGCUGGUGGAGAGUUUGUCGGCGAGCAGCGAUAACUUGCGGUGCAAGGUGUGCAACUGCGCGUACGACGUGCGGAGCUCGACUCGUCUGGAUUGGGAGCGUGGGUUUACGGCGCACCACUGGGGAAGCACUGCUGUUAUCAUCACUUGUCUCUGUUUGGGGCUGUCGGUAUCUUGGAUUGUUAUUCAGAUGUUCGACGGGUCGUAUAUACGGAUGACAAGCGCCAGCUUUGCUUUGCUUAUUAUUUACAUUUGUGUGAAAUUCUUGGGACAGAACACCGUAAACGCGUAUCAACGAGCAAAGGUGGGCGCGUUGAGCAUCAGCAAUCAUGUGUCUACAAUCAGCGCGACAGUCAAUGUGGACGUGCCAAAAACAGAGCCCGCAGCUCUGUAAACAUGGAGAACACGAAUCGCCAACUACUGAAACUAACCUUCACUGUAUCUUUACUCUUACUUUUACACAAAUGGAAUGGUAAAAAAGCGAAACGAACGGCGGAUAACUAAAAUCUACAGCGGAAUCUUGUGAUAUUGAUAUAAAAUUACUAAUUUUAGUUUUUAAGUACAUACAUAUACUGCAUACAGGCUAAUUUUAAUUUAUACAGGCGUAUUUGUUACGUUGCGCGUUUUAAACGAACUUUACCAGUAGCGGACGACGAAACGAAUGUAAUAAUAGGAUGUAUGAUGUACAAAGCGACUUUGUACGUGUACUUAAAGUGUAAAGGGCGUGUUAACAUGCAAAUCGACGCGAGUUUUUUUAACAAAAGUUUAUUUUACUUGAUAAGUCAAUGAAAAAGAAAGUUUAAUGUGUCUCGGAAUGUUAAAGACAACAAAGAGUACAAUAUGUAAAUAAUCACAUACACACAUUACAUAUACUCACAUGUAUAACUAUGUAAGAAUUAAAAGAAACCAAGCUCAAAGCUCAUUAUGAAAAGUAUUACAAAUACACAAGCAUCAACACAUGUUUAAUCUAAUACACACUACAAUCGAUGUAGAUGUUUACGGGGUAAUGUAAUACUUCAAUAUUUAGCAAGUCAAUCAUACAAUAUUACAAUAGCCGAGCAGAAAGUAGAUUUAAAUCGUUAAUAUUAAACAUAUAAAAAUGUGUGUGUUUAAGGUACACGUAUCUCUGUGUAUGCACUUCAAAUGUGUAGCCAUUUUGAUGAGUGCAGCUGUUUUAGCAUAUUACGGUUUUGAUUUAAUUCUCCUGCAUGCGUAAUAAAGCAUUAUGAUAAAGGGAAUAGAAAUUCAAUUCGAAAA